AGCAGCUGGAAGGCAAUGGUGGAAGAAGGUGGUUACCUCUCACUCUGGAGAGGAAAUGGAAUGAAUGUGACAAAAAUAGCACCAGAGACUGGCAUCAAGUUUCUGGCUUAUGAUCAGUAUAAGAAGUUUUUUGAUGAUACCCACUCCAAGCUAGAUAUCCAUGAACGCUUUAUAGCAGGAUCGCUCGCUGGGGUAACUGCUCAGACCAUCGUUUAUCCAAUGGAGGUACUGAAGACAAGACUGGCAUUGGGGCAAACGGGACAGUACAAGAGCAUCAAAGACUGUGCAAGGAUCCUUAUCAAAAAUGAAGGCAUCUCUGCCCUUUAUGUAGGGUACAUUCCAAACCUUCUGGGCAUCAUUCCUUAUGCAGGGAUUGAGCUUACUGUAUACGAAAGUGUGAAGAAAACCUACUGCCAGAGUUCCGGUAAAAACCCAAGUGACCCUGGAAUCUUUGUUCAUCUUGGCUGUGGCACCAUCUCCAGCACCUGUGGUCAGUUGGGCAGCUACCCUUUGGCACUUGUGAGGACCAAGAUGCAAGCACAUG